AUGGGUAUACCCGGGAAUUGCUCCACAAGUAUACUACCGUCAGUCUUCACAUACGACAAUAUAAAGGACACGAUGUAUCCUGUAGAUCAGUGCAUAGAGUUCGAGAAGGUCGAAAAGAGAGAGUAUCUCCAGUGGCUUUGCUGCGAUGAUGCCUUCUUUCAUUCUGUCCUCCUGACCAUCUCAGCCGUUGACGAUUAUGUUUUACAACGACCGCCAACUGAUAUUACACAUCAUCAUCUUCGUCGCACUCUGUCCCUUCUCAACCAAAGACUAUCGGAGAAGGAUGCACAUCUCGUGGACUCGACAGUGUACAUCAUUCUAACACUGGCCCUGAUGGCUGGAGUGUUCGGAGACUACGCUGCUGCGAGCACCCACAUCGCUGGUCUACAACAGAUAGUUAGGCUUCGAGGGGGUGUCAAGCACCUUCGCCUCAACUCCAAACUUCAUUUCAAGCUCGACCGGCUCGAUCUGUCCUGGGCUCUCAGCACAGGGCAACGGCCACGUUUCUACACCGGCCCCAUAUCAUGGGAUGCUUUCUACAGAAACCCGCCCGUUAUCAUCCACUCAGACCCACCUCCAACCAACAAGUUCACACAUUGCUUUCGAGACCGGAGGCUAGCCAUUGUCUUCCAAGAUCUUCGACAUCUAGCCAACCUGAUCAACCAUCAUUCGAGAAACAACACACGUCUUAGCGGAGACACGUUUCAAGAUGCGAUCAGCUCCAUACAAUUCCGCCUGCUGCGCAUCAAGCCCAAUCUCAAUAACGAGACAGACGAAACCCUUCGCUUGGGAAUGCUAGCUUUCCUGUCAACGACCUUCCGCGUACCGGGGCGCCGAGUGCCUUAUGCCUACCUGACCAAGCAGAUGCAGGCCUCGUGCAAAACGUUGGAGCCAAAUACCCGCGAGCUGAAAGAGCUUCUUACGUGGCUCAUUAUUGUGGGUGCUAUUUCGGUGCUUGAGCCUGAUGAGCCGUGGCUACGUGCCAAGUGGAAGCUUGCUGUAGAUCCCGAGGCGUCAUGGGACGAUAUCUCCCAGGCGUUACAGGAUGUCAUGUGGAUCAGCUGUAUCCAUGACGAGUCUGGGAUCCACGCAUUCCAAAAACUGCAAAGCUGA